UGCCGGAGCACUUGGAUUGGCUGAAGGAGCAAGGUAGCCCGCAGAGACGGCUCCUUGCCCUGGUUCGUUCAGUGCCGUCAGUGGAGCGCUGGAGACGCGGUGCACGCACACACACUGCUCUCCCACUGCACGAGUGAAAAAGGGUUCUGCACAGACUCGGACUCUGCUGGACGGACUUUGCUUUCAUGUGGGAGCAUGAAUUUGCCGUCAGAACAUCGAUCCACACCUCUAGCAAGUGAACCUUUAGAGGGAAAAGCAAGCGGAUACAGAUUUUAAUGCAACAUCCUCUGUGACAGAGGGCGAUGCACCCACCUCUUGUUUCAUAAAGUGUCACAUGUUUGCAAAAACACUGCGCUGGAUAUAUUUUGUCGAAAGCUAUUUUUUCUUUCUUUUACGCCCGGGUUGUGAGGGUUUGUGGAGUGCUGCGCAGCGUAACGAGGGACACCAGCGCGCAUUUCAUAUCAAUUUCUCAGUGACUGGGACUCGCCUUAGAGCGUAGUUUGACUCCUCAUCAUGGGGUACUCUGCGCGGACUGACAGAGAAGGAGGAAGAUCGCCGAGAUCCUGUCCAGAGAUGCCGACCGUAUCCUGGCUUUUGCUUUUCCUCCUGGUUGACAUCGGUGUAGCUCAAGUUGAGGAUGACUUCAUUGGUCUCGGUGAGCUGCCAGAAACGUUCCCCUCAGACCCCCCAGAGCCGCUGCCCGUGUUUUUAAUGGAACCAGAGGAGGCCUACAUAGUCAAGAACAAGCCUGUUAACCUGUACUGCAAGGCCACACCUGCCACCCAAAUCUACUUCAAGUGCAACAGCGAGUGGGUUCACCAGAAGGAGCACACUGUGGAGGAGAGGGUUGACGAGAACUCUGGUUUGGUCGUGAGGGAAGCCAGCAUAGAGAUCACUCGGCAGCAAGUGGAGGAAUUGUUUGGGCCAGAGGACUUCUGGUGUCAGUGUGUGGCCUGGAGCUCCGCUGGGACCACCAAGAGCCGCAAAGCUCAUGUCCGCAUCGCCUACUUGAGAAAGACAUUUGACCAGGAACCUCUUGGAAAAGAAGUGUCACUUGAACAGGAAGUGUUACUUCAAUGUCGCCCACCCGAAGGCAUCCCAGCUGCUGAGGUGGAGUGGCUUAAGAACGAGGAGGUUAUCGACCCUGCAGACGACAGAAACUUCUACAUCACCAUCGACCACAACCUCAUUAUUAAACAGGCUCGCCUCUCUGACACGGCCAACUACACCUGUGUGGCAAAGAACAUUGUGGCGAAAAGACGCAGCACAACUGCCACAGUUAUUGUCUAUGUGAAUGGUGGAUGGUCGACAUGGACAGAGUGGUCAGUGUGUAACAGCCGCUGUGGCCGUGGUUACCAGAAACGCACACGGAGCUGUACUAACCCAGCGCCACUCAAUGGCGGUGCCAUCUGUGAAGGGCAAGGCAUCCAGAAGCUACCGUGUAAUCCUCUCUGCCCAGUGGAUGGCCUGUGGACAGAGUGGAGUAAGUGGUCCACCUGUGGGACAGAGUGCACCCACUGGAGGAGGAGAGAAUGCAGCGACCCAGCACCCAAAAACGGGGGAAAGGACUGUGAGGGCAUGGUGCUCCAGUCUAAGAACUGCACCGAUGGGCUGUGCAUGCAGAGUUCCUUAUAUCAGAAGUCCUCUGAGGCAAAAGACAAGAGUGAUAUUGGAAAUUCAUUGGCCCCCACUACUGAUGAUGUAGCUCUUUAUGUGGGUAUUGUGAUAGCAGUGAUCAUGUGCCUGGUUAUCUCCGUCGUCGUGGCACUCUUCAUCUACAGGAAGAACCACCGGGACUUCAGCUCUGACAUCAUUGAUUCCUCUGCCCUCAACGGAGGGUUCCAGCCGGUCAGCAUUAAGACCGCUCGCAAAGCUGAUCUCCUAUCAGCACCCCCUGACCUGACCUCAGCAGCUGCCAUGUACCGCGGCCCAGUUUACGCUCUCCAUGACGUGGGUGACAAAAUACCCAUGACCAAUUCUCCUCUGCUUGACCCGCUCCCUAACUUGAAGAUUAAAGUGUACAAUUCUUCAGGCUUAGUGACUCCACAGGAUGACCUAGGAGGAGAAUUUUCCUCUAAACUGUCACCUAAGCUGCCGCACUGCCUACUGGACAACGGUGACAACACAAUGGGCCGGCGCACACAGACCCAGACGUUGCUCCGCACCAGGGAUCCAUCAUGCACUGCUCUGGGCUCGUUCAGCUCCCAGGGAGGACAGCUUAUUGUGCCCAACUCAGGGGUUAGUCUGCUAAUUCCUGCAGGGGCUAUUCCUCAGGGCAGAGUGUAUGAGAUGUAUGUGACAGUUCACAGGAAGGACAACAUGAGGCCCUCGGUGGAAGAUGGCCAAACGGUGCUCAGCCCCAUGGUGAGCUGCGGACCCCCGGGGACCUUGUUGACUCGUCCGGUCAUCAUCACCAUGCAUCACUGUGCCGUGUGCGAUGGCCAGCAGGACUGGCUGAUCCAGCUCAAAAGCCAGUCGCCGCAGAAUCAGUGGGAGGAUAUAGUGGUAGUAGGAGAAGAGAAUUUCACCACACCUUGCUAUAUCCAAAUGGAUGACGAGGCUUGCCACAUCCUGACAGAGACGCUGGGCACCUACUGCCUCGUCGGUCAAUCUCUCAGCGCUGCCACCACUAAGCGCCUCAAACUAGCCAUCUUUGGCCCCGUCACCUGCCCAGCCAUGGAGUAUCACAUCAGAGUCUACUGCCUGGACGACACACAGGACGCACUCAAGGAAGUCCUUCAAAUGGAGAAGCAGAUGGGUGGGAAACUGUUGGAUGAACCAAAGACUCUCAUCUUUAAGGACAGCACCCACAACCUGAGGCUUUCCAUCCAUGAUGUUCCCCACACAUUAUGGAAGAGCAAACUGCUAGCCAAGUACCAGGAGCUUUCCUUUCAGCAGGUGUGGAGCGGCUCACAAAGGAACCUCCACUGCUGCUUUACCCUGGAGCGCUUCUCUUCCAGCACGGUGGACCUGACCUGCAAAAUAUGUGUGCGCCAAGUGGAAGGAGAAGGACAGAUUUUUCAGCUGGACACUACACUGUCGGAGGAUUCCCAGAGUAUUGACACAUCUCUGCUGGAUCCUGCCAGCAACAUCACGACACUGGUAGGGCCAAAUGCCUUUCGCAUCCCUGUUUCUAUCCGUCAGAAGCUGUGCGGCAGCCUGGACGCACCGCAGACCAGAGGCAAUGACUGGAGGAUGUUGGCCCACAAACUCAAGCUUGACAGGUAUCUUAACUACUUUGCCACCAAAUCCAGCCCCACUGGAGUGAUCCUGGACUUGUGGGAGGCCCAGCAUUUUCCUGACGGCAACCUCAGUCGCCUUGCCCAAGUACUGGAGGAGAUGGGACGCCAUGACAGCCUUGUUCCCGCGGUGACUGAACACUGACAUCUGCCUGCCAGGGACAAGUGACAUUCCAGGGAGGAAGAAGACACAAAGUGAAUAUGAAAAGAGGGUGGACCCCCUCAAACACACCCCACACACCCCCCAAAAAACAACAACAAAAAAAAG